UCUUGAAUUGAUCAAUCAGGGUAUGACGCCUUAAAGAUCAUCGAAUCGUGGGGUAUAUAAACGAGCCCCUGAAAAUCCAGGAGCAUCAUUCAGUCUUCAAGUAUUCCAAGAGCUGAUCAAAAAAUCCAAUACACUCAAAAUGAAGUGCUUCGUCGCUAUUCUCCUUGUGGCUUUCGCUGCCGUUUCUUUGGCCGACAAAGCUCAAGACGUCGAAUCCAUCGAACCCACGAAGGUUGAGGCAAAGUCUCCAGUUGAAAAUGUCGUCAGAGACAAGAGAGGAUUUGUCUUGGGAGCUGCAUACACUGCACCUUACGCAUACAGCGCCUACUCUGCACCAGUAGCCUACUCAGCUGGUUAUAGCCUCCCCUACGCAUAUUCUGCCUACAGUGCCUACCCCUAUUACACAGCCUACAGCAGCCCUUACGUUGGUUAAAUUUGGCUGCAGGCCAUCUUUCCAAUCUUAUUCAAUCAAUCAGAUGUAUAUAUUUCAUGUUCUGAUAAUACUUCUAUAAAUUUAUUAUAUCGAUAACAUGCAGAAACAGAGUCAGUGUAUAAACAUGACAUAAACCGACUACAUAAUUUGUUAAUCGAUGAGAUUUGCGAAAUUUCACUAUAGAUUUACGCCACUUGCACAUUUCGUAAAUUACUGUUAAAUAUACACAAAUGCUCAAUAUAAUUUAUCCAACUCAAUCGUUUAAUUUUGUUGAACAACCCCACUGAUUUAAUCUUGUUAAACAAAUUAUUCGAAACAUGUAUUGUUUAUCCAAAUUGUGGAUAUUGGAACAUUCAAAGGAUCUUUGAUCGCGAAUAAUUUAAAUUGAUGGGAAGUGGAUAAACGAUUGUAUAAUGAAGUAACUCCGUUUCUGUUUGAUAAUUAUUAUCUCCAUCAUUACCAGUAACACACAUCAAGUAUACAUAUAGUUAUUGAUGAAUAUGAAUAAAUAGCAUUUAACGAC